AAGAGUAGCAUCGUCCAUUUUCAGAAUGGAGAUCUCCUCUCACCAGUCUCACCUCCUGCAGCAGCUGAACGAGCAGCGCAGGCAAGACGUGUUUUGCGACUGCAGUAUUCUAGUCGAAGGCAAGGUCUUCAAAGCGCACGGGAAUGUGUUGUUUGCGAGCAGCGGCUACUUCAAAAUGCUGCUUUCUCAGAACUCAAAGGAGACAAGUCAGCCAACCACAGCCACGUUUCAGACCUUCUCCCCCGAUACCUUCACAGUCAUCCUGGACUUUGUCUACUCUGGCAAACUCUCUCUUACUGGACAGAAUGUUAUAGAAGUGAUGUCCGCCGCGAGCUUCCUUCAGAUGACUGAUGUCAUUAGUGUGUGUAAGUCUUUCAUUAAGUCUUCCUUGGACAUUAGCGAGAAAGAGAAAGAUCGCUACUUCAGCCUCUCAGAUAAGGACACGGGCUCUAAUGUAGUAGAGCAUUCCUCUUUUUACAGUAGCAGCUGGCAGGAAGAAAGCGGGUCUCCCAGCUCUCACCUGAGCCCAGACCAAAGACCAAGUCUAGUAAGUGGAAAGCCAUGGAACAAGUACGGUUACCACCCAGCCUCCCACAUGGGUCCUCAGCAACCAUUAGCCAAGCACGAGCAAAGGAAGGACCCCAUUAAAAAGACCAAGCAUUUGAGAUUACCACAGCCAUCUGAAGUUGUUCAUUUUAAGUCUGGCAAAGGAGAUGCUCGGUGGACGAUAGCGAGGAAGAAGAAGAAAAAGAAAUAA